AUGCGCCGCAGGCAACGAUGCUCUGAAGAAAGCUCGCUGGAGGUUUUGGCAGAGAAUUCACAAGCCAGAGUGUCACACGCAGAUGCCUGGUGGGACGAACUCCGGGAGUCCCUUUGUUCUGAUGAUGCCAUCACGGAGGAAGUGCACAACAUGUGGUGGUUGGCAGACAUGGCCGUGGAGUCCCAUGUUGAAUUUCAGAGGUCACAGGACUUUUUAAGUGAUGCCAUGCAGAGAUGGGUGAAGCACCCAUGGGGGUCUGAAAUGGAAACUCUUUCAGGCUGGCUGAUUCUCCAGGCCCCGCAUUAUGCAGUGUUCAAGGGGGACCACCUCGUUCUGAGAUGCUGUGGAUGGGGGGAUGGUGAAGUGUAUGAGAUGAGAUACUACAGAGAUGGAACAGACAUCACACCAAGGCGUGUUUAUUUGGGACUCUCCUGUGCCUACCCAUGGACCCUGAGGAUAAACUCUGUGGGGGUGACCCAGUCUGAUGUUUUUCUAGAGCUCUUUUCAACACCAGAGCUGAGGGUGGCUGGCUAUCUGAAGCCGGAAGGAAGCCCACAGGACCUGAACUGUGGCACGCAGCCCAAUCCCCAGAAAUCAGACCUACAGCUUCAGUACUCCUACAAGAGCAGCAUGAUUGAGAGGACCAGUGAGCUGCCCUGAGUACCAGAUCCCAGAAGCAGGGCUGGCAGACUUGGGACCUUACUCUUGUGUGAU